AUGUUUGAAGAGGCUCAGCAGCACAUCACCGCCGCGGAGGUAAAUGAAGCGUCAGAUCUCAAGAGGAUCGGGCAGCAGCGACUCCGCGAUAUCUCCGCUACAGUCCCUACAUACUUUACGUUCAACGUGCCACUGUCUUCACCAGAGUACGACGCCUCAAUCACGAUUGAAGUCAAACCAUUCGUCCGUGAGAACUCUCCUCAUCCUUUGUACGAUAUCUUGAUCCACUGUGAAGCAACUUCUUCUGGUGAUCAGGUCGACGAACUCGGCAAGAAAGUCCAGGAAGUUUACGACACCUACAUUCAAGCUGUCCGGUGGAAAUUUGACCGGCAUUGCUUUGAGGCAAAUCCAAGCCGUCGACGGUGCACGGAAUGCCCGUCCCUGGCGCCAGAGGGCAAGCACCGAACCUACGCAGUUCUCCUCGCUUACGCCAUUGCUCGUACCUACAGCUCCAUCAACAAGUGGGAAACGAGGCCCACCCUUCGUUGUAGCUGGGGAUCCGAGACCCGAAAAACGAUCGAAGGCAAGGCAGACGGUCGACGAAGUCAGCCGCGGCCUAAUCUCUACUAUUUCUAA